GCCGCAGAGGAGAGUUGCAACAGUAUGGCCGAGCAGGCAAAGACGGCAAACAGAGGGGUUGUUCAGAGAAUGCUGUCUGUUGUUGGUGUUGACGGUCUGGCCAGCAGUGUGUGGGGCUAUGUGGACACGACAAUAAAGUGGUGCUGGAUCCCCCGCUGGUUACCAUCAUGGUGUCCCACCUCUCAGAGCCAGCUUCAGUCUGCAGAGGACAUGAUGCUGAGAGGUGUAAACAGUCCUUUCUCCAAACAGCACGUUCCUGUCUCCAGCGACAACCAGCUGUGGACCCUGAUUGUCAGCAGAGACAGCGUUAAACACAGAACCCCCAUGGUUCUGCUCCAUGGGUUCGGAGGUGGCGUGGGCCUUUGGGCUCAGAACCUGGACGCUCUCAGUCAGCACCGGCCCGUCUUCGCUCUGGACCUGCUGGGCUUCGGACAGAGCAGCAGACCCCUGUUCUCCUCAGAUGCCCAGGAGGCAGAGGACCAGUUUGUGGAGUCUAUAGAGAAAUGGAGGGCUAAAGUGGGUCUGGAGUCCAUGAUCCUGCUGGGACACAACCUGGGAGGAUACCUGGCUGUGUCAUACUCUAUUAAACACCCAGGCAGAGUGAAGCACAUCUUCCUGGUGGAGCCCUGGGGUUUCCCCGAGCGCCCGGACACAGUAGAGGCCGACCGUCCCAUCCCGGUGUGGAUCAAAGCCCUCGGGGCCAUGUUCAGUCCUUUCAACCCGCUGGCUGGCCUCCGACUGGUCGGACCACUGGGUCCCACUCUAGUCCAGACUCUGAGACCUGACUUCAAGAGGAAGUUCUCCUCCAUGUUCAGUGACAACACGGUGUCAGAGUACAUCUACCACCUGAACGCACAAACCCCAAGUGGAGAAACAGCUUUUAAGAGCAUGACCAUUCCCUAUGGCUAUGCCAAGAGGCCAAUGCUGCAGAGGAUGGAGCAGCUGCAGCCUCACAUCCCCAUCACCAUCGUCUACGGCUCCCGCUCCAGCAUUGACAGCAACUCCGGCAGCACCAUCAAAGAGAUGAGACCACAGUCUCGUGUGGAGAUCAUAACAAUCCACGGAGCCGGACACUACGUGUACGCCGACCAGCCAGACGACUUCAACAAGCGAGUUUUGCAGGUGUGUGUUAAAGUGGCCUGAGGAGGAGACAAGCCGGAGGGCCGGGGGGGGGGGGACCUGUGGGACCGGACUCUGGAGGAAAAAGGGGAGCAUCACUUCAGCAGCUGCUGCAGAACCACAGGAUCAGGAUCUCACGUUCUCGAGGCAGGAACCAGGAGAUGGAACAUAAUAAAUAUUCUAACAGGAGCAGAGCUGAGUUCGAUUCAUGACACGCUGAUGUUCACAUGUCGCAUUAACGGAGCAGUGAUUCAGUCGCGUUCUCAGAAACUCUGUGAAUACAGGCUUUAUAUCAUUCACCAAGUCCCCUACUUCAUGCUAUUUAACAGCAUUCACACGCAGAUGAGACCGGCCUGAAUCACAUUUUUGUUUUAUUUCUUUAUUUUUUAAUUACACACACACACACACACACACACACACACACACACACACACACACACACACACACACACAGAGGAGGGUGGCGCUGCAGCCUCUUGGUUUAUAAUUUGAGCAUUAGUUCUACAGUGUUUUCUCAGAAUUGCCUUUUCCCAGUGUAGCCGAGAAACCAGGAAAUGAGGCAUUUUGAAUUUCAUCGAUUCAAUGAAAUUCUGCUGAGCACAUGAGCAACCACAGAGCCUCAGUGUUCAUCACAUCACUGUCCAUACGUUGCCUUAAGCUGCCCGCACUCUCUGACCCAAAUAUGUAAAAAAUACCUUCUAAAAAGUAUUUUUUAAUAACGUGAAGAUAUUUCAAAGGUGAAUUGAUAUCAUAUUCUUGGUGUUUGUAUAUGUUUGGUAAAUAUGCAUUUAACAACAGUUUAAUUUUAUAAUUUUAUAUACAAUAGGAAUAUGAUUAAUAUAGUCAGAUAAAUGAUAUCAGAGUGAAAAAGAAUCAGAAAGCUCAGUUACAGUGUCGUGUGUCAGGUUUUUUCUGUGCAGAGCUUCACCUGUGGUUUGUGGUUUUUCCAUAUGAUGCUGACACAGACAGGAAGUGUAUACACUCUUCAGUAUACAGCACCAGCACCAGUAGUAUCAGCACCAGGAAGCAGCUAUAAAUGCAUCUGCUGCCCAUAUUGAUCUGCUCUGCUCUGUAGCAGCUGUGCUCUCUGAUUGUUUGUGUUGUUAAUGUUUCUGAAUAAACCAGAUCAGCUUUGGUCCAGAGCAGGAAUAAACUGGAAUCUACGAGACAUGUGGCUUUUAUAUGGAGUAUGUUUGUGUGUCAGUGUGUCAGCACAGAGGUGAUUCAAACUGUUAUUGUAACAAUGAGCUGCCUCAAGAGAUUUGCCUUUGUUUAUUUAUGUGUCGAUUUUGAGUCUCAGAUGAAGAUUAAGUUCAAACUUUAUCAUUUAAAAUCAUUUUGGAAAAACCAGUGAAUUGAAGUUUCUUAUUGUUAAACUGAACUGGAACUCUAAAUGACUUUGUUGGUGUGAAGCCACUUUUCUGUCUUUCUCCCAGGUUAAUGUGGACUGAACAUGUCACUGUCAGUGAUGCAGAUGUCUGUCUGUACAGAUAUUAUCAGCUGGAUGUGGUGUAAUACUCACACUCACACAGAUCUCAUAUGUCACUGGUUUCUGAAUCAUUAAGGUUUAAAGGGUCUAAGUUCAGACACAUGAUGUUCAGAUACAUGAUAUCUCUUUUUAGCUGGAAUCUCUCAUCACAGCUUCAACAUCUAACCCUCCCUAUCAAAAAAAAAUUAAAACAGUAUAUCUAUAUUUUUUGUUUAUAGUCAAUAUUUUCCUACAAACAUCUUUUAAUUUAUUCAAAUAUUUGCCAGUAAAGAACAGCACUGGUCUAUCGUGAAAUUGGCAAUAAUAUAUUAACGAUCCUACAGUGUACAUAGUAAUUCUAAUUAUUUAACAGACUGUUUUCAAUAUAAAAGCAGAAAAACUGCAUAUGUCAACCAGGUGACAUUUUUGCAUACUGCUUUUUGUUAAAGUCCCAUAUAAACAGAACUACUAGACAAAUGGAGUAAACUAAACACUACAAACUGCUGAGCAAGUAUAUUUGUGUAACUAGAACUAGUUCCGGUUUCACUUGGUCUCUCUCUGAAGUCUGAAUCAAUGAGCCCUGAUGAUGUGGAGGCCUGUGCACCACAAAUUACUAACAGAAGCAAACUGGGGGUGUGGAGGUGACCAAGCAUGAAAAGGUUCAUGGUUGGAAAGUCUAAGCUAAACCUUUAUAUAUAUUUAUAUAUAAGUGUGUGUGUGUGUGUGUAUAUAUAUAUAUAUAUAUAUAUAUAUAUAUAUAUAUAAUCAUUGUAUCAUUAUAUAUAUAAUAUAUAUAAUAAUAUCAUAUAUAUAUAUAUAUAUAUAUAUGUUAUCAUUAUAUAUAAUAUAUAAAUAAUCAUAUGAUUUUAUAUUAUAUAUUUAAUAUAUAAAAUGAUAUAAUGAUUACAUAUAUAUAUCAUUUUAUAUAUUAUAAAUAUCUCUUCCUCUUCUGGGGCUAGUUUUGAAAGGAAGGAUUGAGGCCUAGUGAUUUCCUUACUGAAACGCUCUGAUCUAAUCUGUGUAUAAUAUAAAAGGCAGAGUUUAAAGAGGCUGAGGGAAGAAAGUCAGCUUGAUGCUUAACUGAUUUAACUGAAGUCUUUCACAGCAGCAUUAAUGUUGGAGCUAAUUUGACACAGGGAAAUAGGACUUUGUGUUUAGUUUCAUGAGCCAGUUGCUUCUCAGUGAUUGUAAAUAUGAAAAAAUCUUGUAUUGCAUAAAUUAUUUUGCUCCUAAAAUUGUUGUGACAGCUCUCCUGAUUCUAUUUAUUUUAAGUGUAAACACAAAUAAAAUGUUUGCUGUAGUAUAACCACGGUC